CCGGCGGUAUUGCCAUCCGCCAUUGAAGCGCGCGGCGGAGACGGCGGAAGAGGCGAUAUGUGGGGCAGCAACCGCAACAACAACAAGCAGCCAUGCAAGUUCUUCGCUCAAGGGACAUGCCGCAACGGUAAUGGAUGUCGCUUUGCGCACGACAACGGGCGAGGUUCGAACAAAGGGCGGCAGCAAUCGAACGCUUCGAGCAAUCCGUUUGCGCAGCCAUCCAAUACGUCGUCCGGGAAUCCGUUUGCGACGUCUUCAACUGGCAACCCAUUUGCGUCCACGACAAGUUCCUUUGGUCCGUCGCCGUUUGGCAGUGCCGCACCUUCAUCGUCUCCAUUUGGACAACCCACCGCCAGCAACCCGUUCCAAAGCGCGGCACAAGGCAAUCCAUUUUCUUCCCAACAGGCGACUCCCUUUGGGUCGUCUCCAUUCGGUGCCGCGGCGACUGCGUCGUCCACUCCAUUUGGAGCAUCCCCUUUCGGCGUUGCACCGACCAGUUCCCCAUUUGGGAAUACGCAAACAGCAGCGCCAUCCCCUUUCGGAGGGGCGUCGACUUCGCCAUGUACGAAUCCAGCUGCAUCGAGCUCUCCCUUUGGUGCCCCAGCAGCGUCGAGCUCCCCAUUUGGUGCACAAGUGGCAUCCAGUUCUCCAUUUGGGCCUCCUCAAAAUUCUCCUUUUGGCGCUCCAGCAUCAAAUUCUCCAUUUGGAGCAGCCCCAACCACAUCGCCCUUUGGCUCUGCAGCUCCAACUUCAUCCCCUUUCGGUUCUGCUGCAAGCUCGUCUCCUUUUGGCACCACGUCGUUACAAGCUCCUGCGUUUGGCACGAGCUCUCCUUUCGGCACGUCCACCGCCACCAGUCCCUCUCCAUUCACGUCGGCUGCCCCCACCACUUUCGCAACUUCCUCGGCGCAUGGCACGAACAAUACCACCGCGGCGCCUUCGCCGUUCGGGUCCCAACCAGCGGCGACGACAUUUGGGUCCCAAACCACAUUUGGUGGGUCGACCACUGCGUUUGGCAGCUCCACUGCGACACCUCCCACCGUCAUGCUGCCGUCCGACUUGAAAAAGCACGCGGCAGCUAGCGGGCAUGGCAGUGCCGCGACGACGCGCGUCGUGCCAGCAGGUCCUUGAUGUUUUGAAUCUUGGGUCGUUGUACCAAUGCCUCGUGCUGUAGACGCACACGAUCUUGCCUGGAUACGCGCGCAAUUUGAAGCGCCCAUGUUUGCAUUCGGGUGUGUGCCGACCGAGCCGCCGCCCGUGGAUCUAUGCCGCUGAUCGAUCGUCGGUGGUGCGCGAUGCAUGAUGAUGGCGGCGGCGAAACAAGCACGGAAACGUGUGGCGGCCCCUUGUUCCAAUACGACCGCGACAGGAAGCUAACUGAAGGGGGUUGUGCCUGGCCUCCUCUCCUGCAAUAUCUGGUUCAUGAUGGCUUCGUCCGUCGCGUCGAGAUGCGGCGAAUACACGACUGGCUUCGCUGAGAGCCCCCCGAUGGUGGUGGUCUUCCCGGCACUGCGCUGCUGCUUGGACACUAGCAGCGCUUCUCGAAUAUUCGCUUCCUUCCGAGACUCGAUCUUGGGGGUGACGGGGGUUGGAGCCGACUCGAGCAUGAGCUCAUUCAGGAGCUCCAUCGUCGCCACGUCAUCGUCGUCCGUAUUGUUCUCCGCGGGGCUGCCUCGUGCGAGCAUCGUUCCCGCGGGGUCAGCCUGUGGCUGAACGAGCUCCAGGAGGCCGAUCGCGUCCAUGCCGCCGGCGGCGGGCGGCGGUGGCACAACCCCUGCGACC